GUCGCCAGCCUGAGAGCUAUAAAAGGGGUGAUGCAACGCGCUCCAAGCCACAGUCGCACGCAGCUAGACGCGCGCUGCACAGCGCUCUCCCGGCGCAGCAGUCCGAGCCGACCCACCAGCCCGCGCGCCGGCCGUGCGUCCUCGGUGUUCGCCCGCCGGCCCCACAGACAGACAGACAGCCCGACCCCGCCCUGACCCCGCCCGCCCUCUGGACCCUGGCCGCCCGGAGGGGAGACAGGAGGUGAGCGCUGGAAGACGACAAAAUGAUGCUUCAACACCCAGGCCAGGUCUCUGCCUCGGAAGUCAGUGCCUCUGCCAUCGUCCCCUGCCUGUCCCCUCCUGGGUCACUGGUGUUUGAGGAUUUUGCUAACCUGACACCCUUUGUCAAGGAAGAGCUGAGGUUCGCCAUCCAGAACAAGCACCUCUGCCACCGGAUGUCCUCCGCACUGGAGUCGGUCACUGUCAGCGGCAGACCCCUGGAGAUGUCAGUCACGAAAGCCGAGGUUGCCCCUGAGGAAGAUGAAAGGAAAAAGAGGCGACGGGAAAGAAAUAAGAUUGCAGCCGCCAAGUGCCGAAACAAGAAGAAGGAGAAGACAGAGUGCCUGCAGAAAGAGUCGGAGAAGCUGGAGAGUGUGAAUGCUGAACUGAAGGCCCAAAUUGAGGAGCUCAAGAAUGAGAAGCAGCAUUUGAUAUACAUGCUCAACCUUCACCGGCCCACGUGUAUUGUCCGGGCUCAGAAUGGGCGGACUCCAGAAGAUGAGAGAAACCUUUUUAUCCAACAGAUAAAAGAAGGAACAUUGCAGAGCUAAGCAGCCGUGGUAUGGGGGCAACUGGGGAGUCCUCAUCGAAUCCUCCUUUUAUAUCCGAAACCCUGAAGCCAUUGGAGAUCUGACUUCCUGUGCACCUCUCGAAUCCCAGCAGCAAAGAACCAUCGAGGCAGGAGGGCCCUUGGUGACUCAGCUGGGCCUUUCCGCUCUGCCCCAGAGUGGACUUUGGACCAGGGCAAGGGCAGCUUUUGCCUCAGCUCCAGGAUUUAGGCCUUAAUAUACUGGCCAUCUCCAAAUGGCCCCUGGUUAGGGUCCUGCCCGCCUUUUGUCUGGAUUCUACAAAAACCAGGACCCCCACCAUUAGGAUUCAUGCAGAAGAAGUGUCUGUACCUUGGGUGGGUGGGGUGGGGCUGCUUCCUCUGCCACCACUGCCACUGUCACUCAUAGGGGACAUGGAGUGAGAAUGGCAUUUAGCGAAGUUGUGCAAUGGCCAGGGUUGUGCUUUCUAGCAAAUAUGCUGUUAUGUACAGGAAUUACUGUGUGCAAGGCAUUUGUUUCAAAACUAGGCAUUGUGCUCUUCUGAUGUUGUUUCACAUGACACUGGUGUGACUUUUUCAUGACUUUCCUCAGAUGUGGUUUCUGAGAGUUUGGAGGGCUAUCACCAUGUGCAGUGUCUUACAAAAUGUUCGGGUGGCCAGAAGAGCUUGUCAGCCCCAGGGGAAAGGAAUUCUGCCGGCCAGCAGUGCAGUUUUGUGCCAACAGAGAAGGCCUCCUUUCCCUUGGCAUCCAGGCAUUAAUGCAAAAUUCAUGAGCAUGACUGUAGGUCCUCUGUUGCAAACUCAGUUAUAAUGUCCCAGGAAGAAAGCAGAAAGAAAGUCCAACUUCCACAGGGUUAGGACUCUCUGCUCAGUGACUUAGGUCAGGAGUUAUUUCUAGGCCGGAAGAGCCAAAGAAUAUUCCAUUUUCCUUUUCUUGCAGUUGAAAACCACAUUCAGUAGAGACAUGUUUGAAGCCAGGUGAUGCCUAGGCUUUAGCAUUAUUGGAUGUUAAUGGCAUUGUUUUUGUCAUGCGGAUGUUUGUUGAAAUCUGGCCCAGAGCAUUUACAGCUUUGAGAGGUCAUUCACACUGGCCGCAAGGACUCUGGCUGCUGUCUGUUUCAAUUCUGAUGUUUCUGUGAAAUCCUCAGAGUGUUUAAUGCAACUCAAUAGUAUCAUUACAAUUUUCUGUAAGAGAAAAUAUUAUUUAUCCUAGUAUUCCUAACCUGUCAAUAUAAUAAAUAUUGGAACCAAGACAUGGUAAACUUAA